ACGGGAUCUGCACAGAAGACUCGUCCCAGGUCCCUCGGUUGAAGCGAGCUCCUAGUGAAGACCCAAGAGGCUUCGGCGACGUGAUGACAACUUCUGGUUCGUCCUAAAUGAUUUGAGGAACGAGGAGCCACGAACGUUGCAUUUGAACGACUUGUCCAAGUGGUGUCGACUCACUACUUUUGCUGCGGCGCGACUCACUACAUUGAACGUUAUUCCUUUUGAAUUAAUAUUCGAAGGGAACGAAGCAUCGAAGCAGAGCAUCCUUUCCACACACCUUUCUUGACUCAAACACCAUUUAUUGUAUGUUUGUGUCCGGAGAAACUCGUUGACUCUUCUCGAGCUAGCUUAGCUCGCCAGCCAACCGCUAACCGGAAGACACGUGUUAGCAUUAGCAAGGCGGCACCGAGCGGAGCAAAAGUGCAAACUUUUGGCAUCGACGUGCGAUAAUGUGUGCAAGAACGACAGCGAGGUACGCGGGGAAACUUUGCGGAAAAGAAGAGGAGACGGUGCCACGACGCCAACUACUGGACGCGGUUUGCAAGCAUCCCCGAGUUGCGCUCCACACUGGUGCAGAGGUCGGUCGGCACUUUGGUCCAGAGCGGCAGGAGCCGGAGUCCCGCCGCAUCAAAGAAGAGGAGAAGUCGGAGCCUCUUCACGUUAAACAAGAGCCGCCGGAGGAAGAAGAGGUCACGCACGUUAAAGGCGAACCGCAGGAGGUUGAGAUCGCCACGUUUCCAUUGACUGUUGUGAAGAUUGAAGACGAUGACGGAGGAUUAGAAGCGUUCGAGUACUUGGCUCCGCUGUCCGAUCGUGAGGACUCAACAUCGCACUCUUCUGACUAUGAUGACGGACAACAACAACACCUGAAAGGUGAUGAGGAACAUCACACUCACAAGAAAUGUCUCCAGUGUUCUUACUGCGACAGAAUCUUCUACAACAAAUCGUCCUUGAUAACGCACACAAGAUCGCACACCGGAGAAAAACCUUUUGCCUGUUCCGUUUGUGGUCGGAGAUUCUCUUUCAAAGCAAAUUUGACCAGACACACAAAAAUACACACCGGCGACAAACCCUUUUCUUGCUCAAUUUGCGGCAAAAGAUUCGCCGAGAAGACCACUUUGACGAUACACACAAGAAGACAUGACGGACACAAACCUUUUACCUGCACAGUUUGCGGUAAAAGUUUUACAGAGAAAGGAGAAUUAAAAAUACACUCAAGAAGACACACCGGUGAAAAACCUUUUUCCUGCCCAAUUUGUGGUAAAAGGUUCCCUUUCAAUAACACUUUAAGAACGCACAUAAGAAAGCACACAGGAGAAAAGCCUUACGCCUGCUCCGUUUGUGGCAAAAGAUUCCCCACAAAGUCACAUUUAACAAGACACACAAAAACACACACUGGAGACAGGCCAUAUGCCUGCUCAGUUUGUAAUCAAAGAUUCUCCAUAAAAGACAAUUUAAGAAGGCACUAUCGAAGACACAAUGGAGAGAAACCCUAUACCUGCUCAGUGUGCGGGAAAACAUUUAGUCAGAAUAGUUUAAGAAUGCACUUGCGAACGCACACGGGGGAAAAACCACAUACCUGCUCAGUUUGCGGCAAAGGCUUUGCUUCAAAGCGCCAUUUAGCAAGGCACACAAGAUCACACACUGGAGAAAAGCCUUUUGUCUGCUUGAUAUGUGGGAAAGGCUUCAGUCAGAAGGACGAAUUAAACGGACACACGAGGAGACACUCGGGUGAGAGACCAUUUGCCUGUUCGGUUUGCGGUAAAACCUUCGCUGUUAAGAAAGAUUUAAGAAUACACACAGGGAUACACAAAGAUGUGAAACCUUUUGCUUGCUCAGCUUGCGGGAAAACAUUUUGCAGAAAGUCAUAUUUAAAAACACACACAAGGACACACACCGGAGAAAAGCCUUUUGCGUGCUCAAUUUGUAGUCGAGGAUUCUCUACAAAGGCGCAUUUACAAAGACACGCCGCAACACACACAGGACCCAAAACGUUCACCUGCCGUGUGUGCGACAGAACAUUCGCUGGAAAGGGCCACCUGAUGAGACACAAGUGUGCUGGGGAGAACAGCAGCAGUCAGUAAGAGUCGGGGGGUUGACUCAUCCCCUUUUCCCAAAUCAAUAAAUGCAGGAAUAUUUACAAGAAAAACUGUUGCGGGAAAGUUGCUGCUCGUAUAGAGCUCGUGCACCUACGUCAUAAAAUCACGUGACUUUUUUUACGACGCCAUAUUGCCGGUCUAACAAAGCAUUCGUCAAUGCUAAGUUGGCUGGAGACGACAAGAAAAUAUGUCCUAUAGCACAAUGCCCAGAGUCUUCUCCGAUAGCGUUAGACUUUUAGGAGGUGAAAAUUAACGACGGUACGUGGAAAAAUUAGAUAAACUCGGCACAGAGGACCCGUAUUUAAUGCCGAAGUCGAUGUUUUCGCUGUUAAGAAAUUGGAUUGUUAAUUCGCUUCCGCUUGUCUUGGACAACAGGAUCUACACACUGAUCUGGUGAGUAAGUCAUCGAGAUUUACACGGAAGAGUUUGAAAGCGUAGAAAAGUCUGGACGCAUAAAAUGUUGCCGGUCAAGCUAAGCAUUGCUCAAUGCUAAGUCGGUCGGCGACGACACGAAAUAUGUUUUGGGGCACGACGCCCAGUCUUGUCCGAAACCGAGCGACAUUUAGAAGGUGAUAAUAAAUGAAGGUACAUGGAAAAUUUUGAUAAACUCGGCAUGAAGGACCCGUAUUUAAUGCCGAAGUCGAUGUUUUCGCCGAUAAAAAAUCGGACUGUUAAUUCGCUUCCGCUUGUCUUGGACAACUGGAUCUACACGUGGAUCUGGUGAGUAAGUCGUCGAGAUUUACACGGAAAAGUUUGAAAGCGUAGAAAAGUCUGGACGCAUACAAAUACUUCGUCGCUGGAUCUGUUGGAUCUCAAUCAGGAAUAAAUCCCACAUAGUGACGGUUUUGACGGCUCGUGAACGCGGAAGCGUGUUCGGCCACACGUUAACCUUUGCCGGAAUCCAACGAUCUUUUCAGAUAGUAUUCCAUACAAAUACCGAUAAUUACUGUAAAUAAAUGGCCCGUAGUUUUACACAAACUCACAUUCAUGAACUAUGAUUGAUUGGAAAAAGAGAGGACAGAGUCGCCUCCACAGAACGUACACGGGAGCGAUUGCGGCCACACUUAACCUCUGUAAACUAACAUUUUUUUUUAUGCGUAUUGUUCUCAAAUGAGCCAACUUCCCAUUAUAAAUAUUUCUUGGGAAUUUGAGUUUGAGAAGAAUAAUUCCUACCUGAAAUGAAGCAAUCGCUACACAGGUGUGUGUGUGUGUGUGUGUAUAUUUUGGUUGGGCAUGUUUAAUGGCCGAAAUCCAUUGAUAUUUUCUGGUCUUUUCAUCUGGUAUUCCAUAGAAUGACCUCUUUGAAUAUUAGUCUCGUCUGUUGUGACAACCAACAGCACAAUAAGUCUCAGGUAUUGUAAAUAUUCUUUUCCGGUUCAAUGUCGAGCGGCUCUUUUUGACCGGCAAUAUGGCGCCGUGAAAAUGGUGACGUCACGUGCACGAGCUCAAUAAUAAAAGGAGUCCAUGCGAAGAAAAACGCUGUGAAGCUUGAAAAAAAUAAUCCAAUGUGAGUUACAGUUUUGGAAAAAAAAAACACCUCUGGUAUUUUGGUAGAUGGGACUUUUAAAAACUUUUUGGUGAUAAUAGAGGAGGACAAAGUGAUUUUAAGGAGAUUGUAAAAAAAAAAAAAAAAAAGAAAAAAAGCUUGCAUGUCUAUUCAUUGAGUUCAAUGAAAUAACUUUCUACAUCAAUAGAUCUACCGUAUAUGAAUUAUAAUAUAAAUGAAUAUUCGUAUAGUCAAAUAGCAGAUAAAAAAUUAAAUUGUAGGAAAAAAAAAAAAACAAAUCAAAAGUGUAACCUGGGAACAAAUACAAGAUGAAGGGAGUCACUGGGAAAUGAUAUGAAAACCACUACAAUCUUGGUCCCGGAAUCAAAUGGAAACAAAUCAAGCCACUUGAUAUUGUGUCUGUAUUUGUGUAUUUCUUUGUACUGCGUGAAGUUGUUUGCCAAGUUAACACAGCGCACAAAUAUUCGGGUCCCAAAACCAUGCAAAGAAUCCAUUAUUGACAGGACGGAGGAGGAGAAAAUGUGUUUUGGGGUAUUUUUUGGGGGGAUCCACAGGUCAGAGUUAACAGGACUGCAACACACAGUUAUUGUUUUUUUGUUUUAUGUCAAUAACUGUCGAAAGCAAUUGAAGGAGUUGUAACGUGGGGCGAGGAUGACAUAUUGCAACUUUGACGUCUUUCUGCUCCUUCUCAUACACUACUGUUUGUUUUUUUUUCCUUUAUUUUGUAUCUCAUUUUGUAUUUGACCUUUGAAAUA